UGCAGCACAAUCCAGGGAUCCCAAAUAUCUCGUCGGAAUUUUAACUAGGGCGCAUCCAGCUUGGGAGGAUGUCCGAGCUCACAAACAUGACCGAAAUAAACGCAGAUAUUGCGUUCGGGAGUUAAUAAGUGAAAUCGCUUUACGAGACCGUCUGCAGCUGCCAGGCUCUUUCCCCAUCGCUCUCUCUCCUAUAAUUGCAUCUGAGGAUGUAGCUGCAGAAACCAGGGAGCUUUCUGGAUCUCGGGAAGACUCCAUCCCUGAAUAUAUUUAGAUAUAGAUAUAUAUAUAUAUUUGUGCGGUAGUAUCGUGCAGGACUGACAGAGCUGCAUUUAUUGGUAAACACACUGCAGUCAUCUCCUUGGAACGUAGAGGCAUACACGACAUUGAGAGCCAUGGAUGCUACUGGGCCUGUCACCUUUUCCCACGUAUUUGGACAGCAGUGUGAAGUCAUGGAAGCAGCGGUGAAGUCCCUCCAUACCUUGAACGACCAAAUAUCCCACUUUAUUGUGGCCAAGCCGUCAGCUCUAGAAGACAAUGAAGACAUCUUCCACCCGGUCGAGAAGGAGUCUUUAAAGAAGUCUAUGAUCAUUAUGAGACAACUUUUAGUUGAAGCCCAGGCCAACAUCCUGCAAAUGAUGGAGGAUAACAAGCAGCUGGCCCUGAGAAUAGAUGGGGCCAUACAGUCUGCGAGCCAGGAGGUGACCAACCUGAGAUCCGAGCUGACAGCCACCAACAGGAGACUGGCUGAGCUGAACAGUGCAGACCCCGGUGUCAUGGAGAACAACCAGCACAACACACAAGGUCUGGAGUAUGGCAACAUGAAGCUCAGCAGAUCUGGUACGCUACAAAUGCAAGACAAAUACACGAAUGGUUUGCUGCUAAGGGAAGAGGUGUCACAGCUGCAAGAUGAGGUUCACUUGCUCCGACAAAUGAAGGAAAUGUUAGCAAAGGACUUGGAGGAGUCGCAUGACAGCCGGUCGGCGGAGGUACUCUCUGUUACGGAGCUCAAGGUGCAGCUGGCACAGAAGGAGCAGGAGUUGGCGCGGGCAAAGGAGGCACUUCAGGCCAUGAAGGCCGAUCGCAGACGCUUAAAAUCGGAAAAGGCCGACUUAGUAAGUCAAAUGGAACAGUUAUAUUCAACCCUGGAGAGCCGAGAGGAGCAACUGCGCGACUUUAUCCGAAAUUAUGAACAACAUAGAAAGGAAAGUGAAGACGCAGUCAAGGUUUUAGCAAAAGAAAAAGAUCUUUUAGAGCGAGAAAAGUGGGAGCUGCGGCGCCAGGCCAAGGAAGCAACAGACCAUGCCAGUUCUCUUCGGUCGCAGUUGGACUUGAAGGACAAUCGGAUCAAAGAGCUUGAAGCUGAGCUUGCAAUGAUAACAAAGUGUGUUGCCCAGAGAAAGGAAUAUCGUGUUUUUGAUCACUACAUUGAAAAGGAGCCCUCCUCAAGAGGGAUAGCGGCCAAGCAGUCUUUAGCGACCCUCAAUAAAGAUGUACCCAAGCGACAUUCACUGGCAAUGCCAGGUGAAACAGUCUUAAAUGGAAACCAGGAGUGGGUAAUGCACGCGGAUCUCCCGCUUACGGCAGCCAUCCGUCAAAGCCAGCAAACGCUGUACCACGGGCACCCGCAGCAUACUGCCGAUCGGCAAGCUGUCAGAGUCAGCCCUUGUCAUUCGAGACAACCAUCAAUAAUCUCCGACGCGUCUGCCGCAGAGGGCGACAGGUCGUCAACACCGAGUGACAUCAACUCUCCGAGACACAGAACGCAUUCCCUCUGCAAUUCUUUAGAAGACUUGGAAGACCAGAAGAGGAAAAAGAAAAAGGAGAAGAUGGGUUUUGGGUCAAUUUCAAGAGUUUUUGCUAGGGGAAAACAGAGGAAGUCCUUAGACCCCGGUCUUUUUGACGGUACUACACCUGACUAUUACAUUGAAGAGGAUGCGGACUGGUGACUGUCUCUGGAACCUGCUUAUUCUGUGUGUGUAUAUGUGAAAGGGUGUAUGUGCCCGUUUACAAAGUCCGAACCCGUCAAGUGAGCCUUUUUAUUCUAUUAAGGACUUUUUGUUGUUGUGGGGUUAUUUUUUUUAUUUUUUUUUAUUUCCAUUUUUUUAGUUUUUAUUUGCAUCGCUGGUUGUCUAAUUGCUGUACAUAAAGAAGUGUAUAAAGAUGUCGAUUGUUGUCCUUUUAGCGAUGCUGUUGUAUUGGAACUUUUUGUCUUUACUGGACUUAUCAUUUUUGUGGAUUUUUUUACUUGGGAAGUGGGUCUAGUUUUUUUAGUUUUCAUUUUUUUUGCGUUCUCUUUUUCCAUUGUGUUUUUUUUUUUUUUUCCUUUUUGAAACUUGAAAAACUACUGUGUAUUUGUAAAUAACAAAAACUGUGCACUUUGUGCUUGUAGUGUCUUGUCCUGAGCGCAAUUGUUUGGUUUUUUUUAACUCCUAGUGUGAUGCAUUCUGUAUCUGCAAUGUUUCUCAAUGACAUUAUCCUGUUUAAGGGGUGUGCCAGCGCUAUGUAAAGAGAAGAAAAUAUAUAGAUAGAUAUAUAUAUAUAUAUACAGAUCUUUAUUCAGGAAGUUUCACCAACUUUCUACGAAUGAAGUUUUAAAAUGUAUCUUUUUGCUUACACUUAGGGCAAGACAGCCCUUUGGGUUGAGACCACAUAAUGGCUACCUGCACUGUGCCGGCAGCGUUCACUCUAUAAACUUUUAAUGCCUGCCAGACAAAAUAGUUUUUUUUUCUCCUUCUAUGUUUUUGUACAUUUUUUUUUUUUUUUAGUAUUUAUUUGCAUAAAUGCACAAAGUUGUUAUAUCUAAAUUAUAAAAGAAAAGUAAAUGUUGAAGUUCUAUUUUUCCUAAAGGAUGAAGGGUAUGUUUAUAUCACUUGUGCUCAAAAGCUGCGGCCCCUGCCUGUCGUCGACGCGUCGGGCGGGCGGCUCAGUCACAUUGUAAUGCAGCUUAACCAAAAUCGCACGAAUAACUUAAAUUAGUUUUAUUAUUCACUUGGUUAUGUCUUCCAAAAUCCAGCUUUUUACCAUCAUCACAGUAUUUAUGGCUUUUAAUUCUUGUAUGUAGAUUCUGAUCAUCGGGUGUUGUAUUUUAUUACUAUUUAUAAUGCACAUUUUUUGAAAUUUUCUUUGUUUUUCUCUUUAUUGGUUCAUUCUGUUUAGUUGAUAAUCCUGUUAUGUAAUGGGCAAACCCGUAAAAUGCACAUGUUACCCAGCUUGUGGGGAGUUAUUGGUGUUAGAGAAGAUAGCCAUACACGUUAGAUAUGUGUCCCUGAUUUCGGUGGGAUCGGCCAGUCAUCUAAGGUCAGGGUAGAGGAGGAUUGAGCAUGGGGGAUUACAAGGACUGGAUUCUUUGGUCUGGGUGGUAAGCUGCCGCCAGAGGUUCCUGGCAGCAGCUUUCUCCAUGUACAGAACACACGCAUGCCCAGUUGAACAUGCCUGUGUAGAUGAUGGGUGCAACUUAAGAGUACUCCAUCCCCAGACAUCUUAUCCCCUAUCCAAAGGAUUUUGGGGCCGGCAUCCCUGUGUUUGGGACACAAUGUUAAGAACGCCGUCACUCCACACCUCCUCCAUUCAUGUUUAUGGGAGGGGGGUGAAGCCCCCCCCCCCCCCCCAUAGACAUGAAUGAAGGGGGCGUGGCGGGAUGUCACAGUUAGAUCCCCCACAAUCAAACAUCUUAUCCCCUUAGUACCCCUAUCAUCAUUUCACCAAGGACUUAUGAUGUCCUGUGUAUAUAAUGGUCCAGUCCAGGGAAUUGAUAUCUUUCUAGAUAGAAGGGGGGGGGGGGGGUGAUGUGUGCACUUUAAGUCUCUGCCUCUUGAAGGUUAGAUUGAAAUAUAUCAUGGUUUUAAAUGCAGAUUCUCCGACUUAUUCCCGUUUAUCCACAACAGAUGGAGAAGAAUAAAGCUUUCUUCUGAAUAGACUUAAUUAAAUCUCCAACUUUUAAGAUCAAGUUGUUUUAGUUCCAACAUUUUAUGAGAAUCAUUUCUAGAACAUAACUUUUCUACAGUAAGUGCUCCAUUUUCCUUAUGCAAAGCUCCAGAUUCUCUGCAUAGUUAUAGCGUGAAGUAAUAGAAUUAAAGUGUUGGGGGAGUUCAUAUAAGCCGGUGUUUCAUAGGCAGGUCUAAAUGUAAAAGUGCACUGGGUUGAAGUGAAUGGAAACUGAGGUGCAGUACCUCAACAUGGCCACUACACAGUGUAUGGAGCUGUCUGCUUCCGCCUCUGGUCACGGUGUAUAAGGCGCCGCCUGGUUUCUGACCCUCUACUAAUCAUGUAUUGAUGGCCUAUCUUGAGGAUUGACCAUCAAUUAAAAAGUCCUGGAAAACCCCUUAAAUAGGCAUGGGCCUCUUAAUAAAAGGGACAUGUUUGACUGUAAGUGCACUACACACUGAAAUCUAAGGCAGAUACGAGCUGCGUUAGAUUUCAACUAUAAUUUAUGCCAUUUUCUGUUGUAUACUCAGUAUGUCAAGCCCCGAAUGCCCCACUCACUCACUGCUAAGCCCCACCCACUCACUGCUAAGCCCCACCCACUAGAACAGACUUAGAGUACAGUGUAAAGAUAAUGAAAAGUACCAAUUUGUUAUGUUACAAUGAGCUUUGCAGGAAAAAAUGAGUUUUAUACAGGGGAUUUGGUACUUUGUAUCACAAAAACAAAGCUUCAACCAGUAUAAAGAUAUAUUACAACAUUAGCAGAGUUUUUUUGUUUUGUUUUUUAGGGGGCCCAUUUAGUUUUUUCGUUUUGUUUUUUGUUUUUUCAUUUGUCAUCUAGGCCUACACGGCAAAAUUUGUUCUUGUGUUGAUCGCAUUAAAACCUUUAGGAUUACUGCUGCUUUAAUAGUUUCCUAUGGGAAACAAAGUAGCGGUUAAUGUUUUUGCAUUGCGUAUAAGGUUGUCCGUGCUUUCCGUAGGGGAACAUUAAGGUUGAUUCAGAACAAUUCAAAAAUUGUGUCCCUGGCUAAAUGGUGUCAUCUAGUUGUCCCAUCCGGCCAAUUCCGGCAGCACUGGCCAAUAGUCCAAGGUCCCAUGCACACUACUGAUAUCAUUCCUAGCGGAAUCCUAUUGAUCUCAUCCUGUCUCUGCUGCUCAUUGCACACCGCGGAAGUUCUAUAGCGGAACUUCCUACGCAGAUCCAGAUUCCGCUGGAUGAAGGAACAUGUUCAUUUUUUCCAAGGGAUAGGGGAUAAGAUGUCUGAUCGUGGGGGGGUCCCAUUGCUGGGGCCCCUUGGGAUCUCCCGUAGCACCCUGUGGCAGUGGUCGUGAUGUCAUGGCCACACCCUCAUGACAUCAAGCCACACCUCCUCCAUUCAUGUCUAUGGGAGGGGGCGUGUCGGACGACACGCCCCCUCCCAUAGACAUGGAUGGAGGAGGCGUGUUGCCACAAGGAGGCAUGGCCAUGACAUCACGACCUCUGGCUCCGAGCAUGCUCAGAUCACUGGAGCACCGGAGUACCCCUUUAAUCUCUCUGGGGCAUCUCUUAUCCCUCUCUCGGUACGAUCUGCAUUUACGACAUGAUAUAUAUUCCCGACCCAAACCACUGUUCAAGAAAUAGUUUAAUUUACAAAGCCAUUAAAACAGCCAUGGCCUAUGAUGGUAAAAUCUCUCCUAGUAAUGUAUGUUUCUCGGUCAUUGUACAUACAACCCCGGAUAAGCCCAAUUUACUUGGUGCGACAACAGUAAAACCUGUGUUUAUUGAUCUUUGCUUUUCGUGAAAUGCAGAAUUUUCGGGCCAGGCAGCAUCGGCUGGCGGCAGCAGCAGAAAUACUUUCUUUUUUUUGUUGGGCAUUUUUUAUCCAAUCCAAGUUGAUUCUAGUAACUCAGUAUAUAUUCUGUUUAGUUUUCGGACUGGUUAAGUUGCCUGUGGCCAGCUCUGUGCUUUCUCUCUUUUUACUAAUGUCUAGAGGAGUAUAUAAUGCUGCCAAUUUUAUUGUAAAAUUUUAAAUUGUAAAUUUUUUUUUUUUUUUUUUUUUUUCUGAUAAGAAAAAUGAAUGUCAACCUCUGAAAACUGUAACAUGAAACAUUUGAUAAUGUUAGAUGGUAUUUUUUGGAUUUAGUGCACCCUAUUUAAAAGGGAUAUUUAGUCUUAAAAAAAAAAAAUAAUCUAAAUCUGUUUUGUUGUUCAUAUGACGUGUGUGACCCAGUGGCUUAACAACGUUACAGCUUUUUAAAGGGAUCCGUCUGACCCGCAGGAAAGAGAGCCGACGCGCUUGAGGUUUCCGCGUUCAGACAAAAAUGUUUUAUAAAGCUUUUUUUUUUUCCUCUGUGUUUUUAUUUUUUUAAAGAAGCUCAUGGUUUAGUAUUUUUUCAUUACAUGCUUAGGAAAUAAUAAAAAAAAAUAAGUAAUAAAUAAAAUAAAAACUGUUACUAAGAAAAUGGUCUAUUUAAGAGAACGAGAAUACAUAGUUUAAAGAUGAUUGAUAUCAUUAGUUAUAUAAACCCCCCGCCUGAGGGGGCAGAAUUCUAAAGGCAUGAAGGCAAAAAGAAACAAAUAAAGCUUAUU